GAUGGGAUCUGCUGACGGCGGGGCGAGCAAACUCCACCCAGCUGAUAGGAUCUCGGGCAGGCGGAGCGGAGGGCAGCGUGCGCCAGGGGGGCUCAGGCUGGCUGGUUGAGUGGUUGGGACGGCUUUACAAGUCCCACAGAAAACUUCAGAGGGGCAAAGUCCAGGCUGAGUAGGAGGCAGACAGAGUGGAAGUUCAUAUGCGGGAGCGUGCUUGGACCAAAAUCACAUGGCAUUUUAAAGACAUGCUCCAAAGAUGGCGGGUGGUACUAGCGACGGGAGUUUCAGGUAGCUCCGGAGUGCAAAAAAGUGGAUUUGUGGAGGUUUUGGUGCGGGAACGGUGGCACAAAGUUUUAGGCAACUUAAACGAGGAAGCGCUGACGCUGAGCUGCGAGGAGAGCAGCGUUACAGACAGCCUGAGCGACAAUGUCAACUCCAACGGGGUUACCAAUGGAUCUUACCUUGACAACAACAAUACCAACUCCAACAACGGUCCUCAAACUGUGCGCACCGCGUUCACGGACCUUCCGGAGCGAGUGCCCGAGGCGAUCGCCAACAGAAAGAGAUGCGUCAAGGUGGCCAAGCAGGAGAUCGGGGGACUUGGGAUCAGCAUCAAAGGGGGGAAGGAGAACAAAAUGCCCAUACUCAUCAGUAAAAUUUUUAAGGGGCUCGCAGCGGAUCAGACCCAGGCUCUGUACGUGGGGGACGCCAUCCUGUCCGUGAACGGCAUGAACCUGCGGGACGCGACCCACGACGAGGCGGUGCAGGCGCUGAAACGGGCCGGCAAAGAGGUGACACUAGAAGUGAAGUACAUGCGUGAGGCGACACCGUAUGUCAAAAAGGGUUCUCCUGUGUCCGAAAUCGGCUGGGAAACUCCACCCCCAGACUCUCCUCGCCUGGGUAGUCCCCCCAUCAACUCCUCCUCCCCCUCCUCAUCUGACCUCCCAAGCUCUCCCACCCAGCCAUCACUGUCACUGCAGGGCGACAGGAGAUGCAUUCCACUCAAGAUGUGUUAUGUAACCCGAGCGAUGACCACGCCAGACCCUGAGAACAGACAACUGGAGCUGCACUCCCCAGACGCCAGGCACACCGUGGUGCUGCGCUGCCCAGACCAACCAUCUGCCCUGUCCUGGUUCUCUGCCAUGCACACCGUCACAUCCACACUGGCACAGCGGGCGCUGGCAGAGGUCAUCCAGAACACCGCCAGGAUGGAGGUGGCUGGCAGCAAAGAAAUACGACACCUGGGAUGGCUGGCAGCUAAGACGGAGAGUGAGAAGCAGAGCUGGAAGCCAGUGUUGGUGGUGGUGACGGAGAAAGACCUGUUGUUGUUUGACAGUCUACCACGAGGCAAAGAGGCCUGGCAGAGCCCUGCACACACUUAUCCACUUUUAGCAACACGUCUAGUCCACUCUGGCCCUGACCGAGGGUCGCCUCACUCUGGUACAGAGCUUUUCUUUGCCACACGGACUGGCACUCGACUCGGCAUCGAGACUCACCUGUUCAGGGCGGAGACCACCAAGGAUCUGUCCAUGUGGACCAGGCAUAUAGUGAAUGGAUGUCACGCCUCAGCAGAGAUGAUCAAAGAGGUCACCACUACUUGUUUAUACCUGGGUCAGGAGUGUCGGCUGGUGAUCCACUACGAGCAGGGCUUCUCUGUGCAGGCUGAGCCUACUCUGGUAGACGGGGAGAACGGAGAGGAGAGAGGAGUGCACACACCGAGCAGGCACCGAGUGCUUCUCUCUUACCCCUACGAAAAACUAAAGAUGUCAUCCGACGAUGGAGUUCGCAUGCUCUUCCUGGACUUCGGAGAGAAGGAAGGGGAGAUUCAACUGGACCUUCACUCAUGUCCAAAACCGAUCGUCUUCAUCCUCCACUCCUUCCUCUCUGCUAAGAUCUCCCGCCUGGGUCUGGUGGCCUGACUUUAAAAAGGAUACUUCAUCUACUAUGAAAACAAAAAUCAACCUUAUUUAGGCACCUCUCUGCAGCCUGCAUGCAGUACUCCAUGUCAAACUUUCAGCUGAGGACCCAAGCCGAGUGAAUGUAGCCUCUAUCUGGAAAUUGACCUUUCCUGGGUCUUAAACUUCAAGUUAAAGAAACACUGGAGAGACCAACCUAGAUCUGUUUUACUUGUACAACAAGGACAUAAUUCUUAGGGACAAACCCCGCUUUUUAUGGCUGAAACAACUGAAACCUGACUGAAGAACCACAGAAGAAAAAACAGGCUGAACCAGGAGCUGAAGGAUGGUGUAUACAGGCAGAAAGGAGCCGAUUGGGCAUUACUGUCACGUCCAGGAUUGGAAGGACUGGACUUUUGCAGCACAGUUGAGAUGAAUUCACUUUUAAUUCAAUCACAACGUAAUGGCAAACUGCCUUCCAUUUACCGAUUAUAUCAUUUAUCCAUCAUUAGUUCUGAAAGCACACUCUGAAUUUCACUCUGUCAUUUCUCUCCACCAAAUAUUUGACACACUGUGGACAAACUUUAUACAUUUGUCUUUGUUAACGUCCCCUGAAAUGUCUUGUUGGCUGUGUCAGCAUUCAUCAUGGAGAACUGGAGGGCACAGUGGUCUGGAGAGUUUCCCACAAUGUGACAGCUGACUCCACCUAUAAAUGUCAUGCUUUUUUUUUUGAAUGGGUUGCAUAUGGUGACCAUCUGGUGGUUAAGAUAUUUCAUUGUUAAACUGACUUGACAGUGAUCUUAAGUGUCCAAGUCUUAAAAUAUGAUUUAAAACUCAAUUAAUAUAAAUCCACACAUGGUUUAAAAUCUUUUAUCAUUUAUCACUCAAAAACAAGAAAAAAACGAAACAAAGAUCCAACUUCUACAAACUGAUAUAAUUUUUUCCACAACAUUAUGGGUCCAGGUGAGAUUACUAGGGAUGGGCAUUUCAAUCCAAAAUACCAUUCAAUAUCACUGGCAUCUAUUCAACGAUUAUUCGUAAUCGAGCCCCCUUGCACUGAAGAUGUAGACAGUAAACAUACACACUCCACGGGACCUUUAUCUUUGUUUCUGUGAGGCAACAGCAUGGCAUGUGUGUUUACAUCUAACAGCCACGCUCAGUCUCUGCAGUUUCUGAGUCUCACACCACUACACACGUAUUUCCAGCGACUGUAGCAAUUUUUGUUUCUUCUUUUGCUAUUUAAUGCAGCUAGCAUUCUUCACCUCCUGCCAACCACUUAAUGCGGUUAGCAAACAGCUUUAAGAUGCUCUGUAGCCUCCUUCUGGCGGAAAUACCGUAUUACAAACAGACACAAGUGAAAACGAUGAAAAAUUGUACUUUUAAAACGAGAUUAUUCGCAUGAACUCUUCAAUUUUUAAUAAGUGAACGAAUAUCAUUCAUAGAUCAUGUCCCAUCCCUAGAGAUUACAUGUCUUUUUGAUGCAGUUAAAUUUCCACUUACAUAAACAUAUCACAUAAAUUUGACAUUUUAGGAUUAGGACAUAAGUGCAUAUGAUUAAAUUAGAAAAAUACCAUAACCUAAUAUUGAAGACAACGGUCAAAAGCAAUAUUAAGAUCUCUCACCAAAUUUACCUUUUUACUUUCUUGCUGAGAUUGAGAUGAGUAUCUGUAACACAUUAAACAGCAGCCAGUAAGCAGGUAGCUUUGAGUCUGAUUGCAAACAAUGGAAACAGUUACCACUUUCUCAAUAAAUCAAAAUCCACCUACUAGCACCGCCAAAGGUCACUAAUAAAGACGUCAGUCAUCAACACACACAACAAAUGAAUCUGCACAAAGCUAUGUCAAAGUAUGACCUGACAUUUGUACGCUUUGUUUUUUUUAUACAGAUUAAUUAAAUACGACUUAACAUGCUAAUUAGUGAGCAUUUGAGGUGCUUGAAUGUGGACUCAGUGACCUUUGGAUCAAUUAUUAUGCUAACCAGCUACUUCUCCUGUUAGCAAGACAGUGAAUAGGUGUAUUUUCCAGCUGGUUUGAACUCUUCCUUCAUGGAUCACCAGCCACAUCAUAAUGGAUAUAGAUUAAUCAUUCCUCAUUCAGGUAAUGGUUUGAUAUUGAAUGAUGAGAUUUUUAAGGAUGAGUAAUUAACUGAGAUCUUUUGUUUCUCUUUAAAAAUACAACCCAACAACUUGCAGAAUCAUCCUCCACCCCAACAAGCACACGACUGCCAUGUGUGCUUCUCAUUUUCAUAAUGUCAAUCCAAAUUAAAUCAAAUGAUAACACAAUCACCAAGUAUUCUUUCUCUCUGAUUAGCAAGGUGGCCGUUGCAAGAGCCUUCAGUGUUUAUUGAGACCUUCAGAAGCCAGUGCAGGACGUUAUGUUUUGGAUAUCAUGUCACUUGCAUGGCUGGCUGCCUGGUCCUUUCCUCGUGCCUUCAGAUGACUGAGAAGAAAACAUUUGAACUUUGAAAUAAACAUGCACAGAUGUGACAAACUGAGUGUGGACCAACAAUGUGCUUUCUGUGAUGGCUAUUUUCCUAUGGUUUCAUACACAGAAAUACUCCACCAGCAGUUAUUUUGUGAUAGCUCUCUUCAUUAUAUGGCACUCAUACUCAUUUCCAAUGAUCAUCUGCAGUCACACUGUGAAAAAUGAUUUACUCUUUAUGUGCUUACCACAUGGUAGAAGAACUGUCACCUGUUUCGUUCUUAUCAGAAGAUAGUGGAAGCAUUUUAACACUUUUGUUAGCCAAGAAUCCAGCACUUACUGCUACCCUCAAGUAGAGUGAAGCUCACUGAGCAGAGGCUGCCUUGAUAUGUAGAAUACUCUGAUGCCUUUGCCAGCUACUGUACUGUCACUCAGAAUGAUAAAGUUUAGUUUUUAACUCAAAUGGUGCACAUAAAUCAUGUAUU